CGCUGCCGUGUGGACCUCGGCCUCUCCGACACAUCUCGCUCUGUUGGGCAUCAUGCCAUCCGUCUGGCCCACAACCUGGUCCUGGCAUACACACACACACACGUGCGCUUUUCACAUGCGGCGCUGAGGGCGUGGGAACUUCUCCGGCUGUCAGCUGAAGAUGCCAUCGACAAUGCCCUGCAGAGCCGACCGAUUCCUGGCUGCCGCUGGCUGCCUGCUGGCCAGAGCACGGCCAGGACGAGCCUGAUCGAGGCUCCCUUCAAUCAACCCAUAAAUACCCCGUCGUUUCGCUCGUGCACGGCGCUCGCACGCACAUCCGGGCUUGUCGUUUGUCUUCCGCUGCUCUCCUCUUCAAGUGAUCUUCCUCUUCAUCUACCCACUCACCCAUGUCGACGCCGGCUCCCAAGACCGUGAUCUCGCCCCAGUCGAGCCUCCAGGAGGAGCGCCUGCGGGCCACCUUUCCAGUUCGAGAAAUGACCUAUUUCCUCGAUGGCGGCGAGAAGCAGACCGAGCUGAAGGAGCGUCUGAGCCUCCAGCUCGAGCGCGACCCCAUUUUCAAGGUCGAGGAUCACAACGAUCUCACCUUUGAUGAAAUUAGAGAGCGCACCAUGGCCAAAGUGCGCCGUGCGGCUCAUUUUGUCUCCUCCGAGCCCGUCAGCUUCUUCAAAAUCAGACUCUCCAUUCUGAGUUUGGUGGACCCCGGCACUUGGACUCGCAUUGGAGUGCACUACGGCCUCUUCUUUGGUGCUCUGCAAGGCCAGGCUACUCCCGAGCAGUUUGCGUUCUGGGUCCAGAAGGGCGCCGUUGCCCUCAAUGGCCUCAUUGGAUGCUAUGCCAUGACCGAGCUUGGCCACGGAUCAAACGUGGCUGGCUUGGAGACUACGGCAACGUACGACGAAGCCUCGGAUGAGUUUGUUAUCCACACCCCGACACUCACAGCCACCAAGUGGUGGAUUGGUGGUGCAGCACAGUCAGCCACGCAUUCCUGUGUCUAUGCUCAGCUCAUUGUGAAGGGCAAGUGCUAUGGAGUCAAGACCUUUAUUGUGCCCCUCCGCGAUCCCAAGACCUUUGCUCUGAGACCCGGAGUGGUCAUUGGCGAUAUUGGCGCCAAGAUGGGACGACACGGGACCGAUAACGGCUGGAUCCAGUUUACCCACGUUCGCAUUCCUCGAUCAUACAUGCUCAUGAGACACGCCAAAGUCUCGCGGGCUGGCGUGGUCACCGAGCCUCCACUUGCCCAGCUUGCCUAUGGUGCUCUCAUCCAAGGCAGAGUCACGAUGGUUGUCGACUCUGGAAAUAUCUCCAAGAAGGCUCUCACUAUCGCUUUGCGUUAUGCUGCCAUCCGUCGCCAGUUUGGCGCAAAGGCCGGCGAGCCCGAAACCAAGUUGCUGGACUACAUCAUCCACCAACACCGUCUCUUGCCUCUUCUGGCCCAAGCUUUUGCGAUGCACUUUACCGGAGUCGAGGUCUAUGGCAUCUACGAGAAGCUGAACAACGCCAUGCAAACCUUGAAGCCUGGAGACAAGAACCUCCAGACGAUCCUUGAGCAGCUCAAGGAAGUCCACGGCACCAGCGCAGGUUUGAAAGCCUUCUGCACCUGGAACGCUCUCGCAACUAUUGAACAGUGCAGACAAGCGUGCGGUGGCCACGGAUACUCCUCGUACACCGGCCUCGCCUCGCUCUACUCGGACUUUGCCGUCCAGUGCACGUGGGAGGGUGACAACACCAUUCUGACCCUGCAGGCCGGUCGAUACCUCAUUGGAUGCUACCGAGAUGCCAAGAAGGGCAAGAUCCAGCACGGCGGCGUUGCCUACCUCAACAAUCUGACUCAGGUCCUGAGUGCCCGAUGCCAGGCCACCCAGCCUGACGAGAUCCAAGAUCUGGAGACCAUCGGCAAUGCAUACAACCUCGUUUCAGCCAACCUCGUCAAGAAGGCUGGCGAUGAGUUUGAAUCGCUCCGAGCCAAGGGACUCAAGGAAGACGAAGCCUACGAGGAGUGCUCACACUCCCGUCUCGCCGCUGCCAAAAUGCACUCCUACGGAUACCUCUUCCAUCGUUUCAAGGACGGCAUCAACAAGGCCCCGGCCUCCCUCAAGCCCAUUCUGCUAACCUUGUGCCGGCUGUACGGAUUGUACAACAUCCAAGAGAACGCCGGCGCAUUCUUGCAGUACCAGUACUUCUCUGGCCAGCAGUUGGACUGGGUCAAGGGCAAGGUCUCGGAGCUCUGCAAGAUCGUUCGGAACGAUGCCAUCGCACUCUGCGACUCGUUCAACUUUUCGGAUUACGUGAUCAACUCGCCCCUCGGCCGCUACGACGGCAACAUCUACGAGGCGUACUUCAACACCGUCAACCGCGCCCACAAGGCCGGCGCCGUUCCCAAGUACUUUGAUCGCGAGAUCUACCCGCUGCUGCACCGCAAGCUCACUGACGACGAGCGUAUCGAGAUGGAGCACGAUGAAUAGGCUUCUACCCACAAGCGCGCAUUCCGUCCUCCCCUCUCCCCACAGCCUCUUGCGAAAAUGCACGGUCAGUUUCCUGCAAAGAA